AUGGAGCAGCCAGAGGAGAAGAUCUCGGUGUGGAUCUGCCAGGAAGAGAAGAUCAUCUCAGGCCUCUCCCGCCGCACCACUUGCUCCGACGUGGUCCGAGUGCUGCUGGAGGACAGCCGCCAGCGGCGGCAGCAGCAGCUGCAGCAGUCUCGGCGGCGGCGGCGGCAGCGACGGCGGGCACGAGGAGAAGAGGGAGGCGGCGCGGGAGAAGGGGAGCCACAAGAGGCCGAGGAGGACGAGGAGGAGACGCCAGCGCAGGGCAUGCUCUGGGGGCCCCCUCAGUGCUACUGCAUCGUGGAGAAGUGGCGGGGUUUUGAGCGCAUCCUGCCCAAUAAGACGCGCAUCUUGCGCCUCUGGGCCGCCUGGGGAGAUGAGCAGGAGAACGUGCGCUUCGUCCUGGUGCGCAGCGAGGCGUCUCUGCCCAACACCGGGCCCCGCAGUGCCGAGGCUCGGGUGGUGCCCAGCAAAGAGAGGCCGUGCUCUGGCCGAGGGGGCCCAGCCCGGCCCAGCCUGGCCCUGACCCAGGAGAAACAGCGGCGCGUGGUGCGCAAGGCUUUCCGCAAACUGGCCAAGAUCAAUCGGCGGCGCCAGCAGCAGCCCCCGUCCCCCUGUUCGUCCACCUCUACGUCGUCCUCCACGGCUUCUUCAUCCUCCUCGCCCCUGGCUCAGGACAGCGCCUCAGGCGAGCGGAUGGAGACGUUGGUGCACUUGGUGCUGUCCCAAGACCACACUCUCCGCCAGCAGGUGCAACGGCUCCGAGAGCUGGAUCGGGAAAUCGACCGCUACGAGGCCAAGGUGCACUUGGACCGCAUGAGGCGGCACGGCGUGAACUACGUUCAGGACACUUACCUGGUGGGGGCUGUCGCUGAGGUGGACGGAGCCGGAGCCCUGAAGCAGGGCCCUGCCGAAGAAGUGCCUCCCGGCAGCGAAGGGGGUGCCGAGGCUGCAGCGCUCGCCGAGUACGCCCGUCGGUGCGAGCAGAUGCUGCAGCUGCAGGAGCAGCGAGCUCAACAGGAGGAGCUGCUGGAGCGCGUGGCAGCUGAGAUCCAGGAGGAGCUGAACCAGAGAUGGAUGCGGCGGCGCCAGGAGGAGCUCGCGGGGCAGCCCGUCCCCGACACAGAAGGUAGCCCCGAGGGCGAGUUCCUGCUAGAGCAGGAGAGGCUGAAGACCCAGCUCAGCACCAGCCUCUACAUUGGCCUGAGACUCAGCACGGACUUAGAGGCUGUCAAGAGCGACCUGGACUAUAGCCAACAGCAGUGGGAGCUCAAGGAGAGGGAGUUGCAGAACCUUCUGGAGACUCUGAACUCUUUGGACUUCAUGCCGAGCCCCGACGGACCUGGUGAUCCCUAUUCCAGAGGUCCGGGUCAAGGGGAGGGUGAGGCACGGGCCGGGGAGGAGGCAGCUGCUGCUGGCCCAAGCCCCUGCCCGGGCCCCGAGGUGUGGGUGGACCAGGCCCGGGGACUGGCCAAAGGCUGUCAGGGCAACGAUGAAGACUCGGACACGGGGCUGAGCUCCAUGCACAGUCAAGACUCAGACUCUGUCCCAGUCUGUGAGUCCCUCGUGUAGGAGAACAGAUAGGAGGGAAGAGAGCAAGAAAGUGGUUUGGUCACCAGAAGCACGAGCCAGCUCAGGGAUCCCAUAGCGUGGAAGGAGUG